AUGAGUUUCUUACCGAGCUCGGGAACCGUUUCUAUGGAAACUGCUUCCCGUGGAUUGACUGACACUCCCGAACCGGUUAUGCCACCGUUCACGUCUGGACAAUGUCUAUUCUGUCCUAAAUUCUCGCCAGAUUUCACCAACAGUGUAAUACACAUGCAAAAGUCACAUGGCCUGUUUGUUCCAUCUCAGCAACAUCUGGUAGUCGACCCUGAGACACUUUUCAAAUAUCUGCAUCUGAUUGUUUUUGGUUAUCGAGAAUGUUUGCAAUGCGGAAGACAAAGAGCUACGGUGCAAGCUAUACAACAGCAUAUGACUAGCAAGGGCCAUUGCAAAUUCGACAUUUCAGAGCAGGACUCGGAGUUUACCGAGUUUUAUGACUUCUCUGGGCCGAAAAACGACAUAGAGAAUGGGGGCAAGGGCAAUGGCCAGGAGGAAAUUCAAAAGGAGUCAUCAGCAGGCUUAAAUCGAAAGUCACUGCUGGUCGAUGAAGACUCAUUGCUUUUACCGUCAGGGAGAAUUGCGUCAAAGAAAUUCUCAGUAAAACCGGCCCCUCCCUUUUCUCGAUUCCUUCGUCAAUCUCGGGAACUGUCUUCACAACCUAGACAUGCUCUGGUGAAACCUGACACCGACAAGGGGUCUAGCAAAGUGCAACUCAACCCUGGCAUGCGCAACAUACAACCUCUAUUGAAGAGAGAAGAACGGAACCGGGCAGAUGCGUCGUAUCACAAGGCGAAUAUGCAAGCAAAGGACCGAAGGACGUUGAUGCACUUGUCGCCUUCUCAACAGCGCUCAAUGAUAACGACACAACAUAGGUGCGAGGAGAAAACGCAAAUAAAAGAGGGAAGAAAGCAGACCAGACUUGAUCAAAAGGGUAAUAAGAAUUUGUAUGCAUAUUGGGCCACUGAAACGCCCGUUUACCAGUGUGGCUAG